ACUAAUCUUUUUAAUUAAUCAAUUUUGUUUCACUUUGUGUGCGCAAAUUGUAAAAGUUGCAACUUUGUUUCUGAAUUCUCUCUUCUUAGAACCGACAUGGCGACUCUUGGCCAUAUCGCCAGAGAAUCAUCAGAUAUCACACGGCUCGCCAAGUUUUACAAAGAGGUAUUUGGGUUUGAAGAGAUCGAAAGCCCUGAUUUUGGAGACCUAAAGGUCAUAUGGCUAAACUUACCAGGUGCUUUUGCGAUGCACAUCAUCCAGAGAAACCCUUCAACAAAUCUUCCAGAAGGUCCUUACAGUGCCACCUCUGCGGUUCGGGAUCCUAGCCAUCUCCCAAAGGGUCACCAUAUCUGCUUCUCCGUCUGCAAUUUCGACUCUUUCCUUCGUUCUCUCAAGGAGAAAGGGAUUGAAACUUUCCAGAAGUCUCUUCCUGAUGGAAAAGUCAAGCAAGUUUUCUUCUUUGAUCCAGACGGAAACGGAUUAGAGGUAGCAAGUCGAUCUGCGUCUUGAACCGGAAGUUUGUGGUAUGAGUACUCGUAGAAUGUAAUAAAACCAAAAAUAAACAGCUUGUUUGAAACACGAGAUGCAUAUGUAAAGAACAUGUUCCUGUUCUCGUUUCUUAGCUGGAGAGUUUUGGAACAAUGUUGAGCCUAUAUUGUCUAGGUUUGAUGUUAACUUCUGACAACUUACGUUUGGAAUCUCAUGUGCUUUGAAUGUUGGAUGUAUCGCAUUAAUGAGCUUUUCUUGUCUACUA